AUGGAGUAGUUAAUGUUAAAGCAAAAGCACGGGAAGUCUUCAAUAGACGUAAAGAGAGGAGGUUAGAAGUGUUGAAGGGGGAACGAGAACACAUAGAAAGAGGACAACAAAUCAGGAGGGAGAAGGAGGAAAGACGGCUGGAGAUGGAAAGAAAACAGGAGAGGGCAAGACAACAAGAGGAGCAGGAUAAACAACAAGAGAUUGAAAUUGCUAGACAGAAAGAAAUGUUCAGACUAAGAGAGGAGGAGAGGCAGAGAGAGGAAGAGAGAGAGGAGGAGAGAAAGAGAGCCGUUAAAGGCCAUUUAGCUUUAAUCAGAGAGAGAGAGAUAAUAGAGGCAAACAGAAGAGAGGAGAUGGUGGAAGAGGAAAGAAGGGAAUUCCUUGAAAAUUACAAGAGGGGUGACUUAGAGGAGGAGGAGGAAAAGGAAGAAGACAAGGAGGACAUUCUCCCACCUGAUAAAAGUAUCCGAAGGAGAGCUGUGGGCUGGAUAAAUAAGAAGUGGGAGAAGAGGAACCUCAAGAAGAUCGAGAGAACCUAUCAGAGAGAAGCUGAGGAGGGCUAUAAGAUCGUCCACAUAGCCAUCCCUGGACACACAAGGCUAACAGCCACCAUGACACGGGCAGAGAGAGAGAGGGAGAAGAGGAAGGAGCUGCUGAAGGCUGAGAAGAGAAGGAAGAAGAUGGAGGAUUUUAAUAAGCAGUGGAGAGAGCAGUCCCUGCUUAAAAAACAAGCUCAUCAGAAACUGAAGGAGGAGAGGGGGAAGAUGAAGGGACAUUACCUGGAGCAGAUGAAUCUGGAGGCUGAUGCUCAAAUCAACACCCGGUGUCUAACCACCCAACACAGCCACGAUUAUCUGGAGACAACACAGCCCACUGGAUCUGGAGAUGGCCACCAGGAAAGGCCAAGGAGGCAACAGGCAUGGGCAGAGAUCCAGGAGGGGAGUUCAGAGAACCAGCAGGAGUGGCCAGAGAACCAACAGGGGGUGCCAGACAGCCAGCAGCUAGAAGCUCCAGAAGAGGCUGAAACAUCAGAGCUAACCUCCAAGAACAAGAAAAGGCCAGGCAUCUGGAAGAGAAUUAAGAUGGGCAUUCCUGACCUGCUGUCUGCCUAGAGCUGGAACUCGAAGAAGCCACAGUUCCACUGAGGUUACAUUGGUCAUUAAAAGUG